AUGGGAAGCAAGGAGCUUAGAUUUGAGACAUCUAGAAUGUAUGAGAUAACGUUGAAGCAUGGGGACAAUUAUUCCAGGACUGUUGAAAGAUCCUUGGUUUCUUUUACAGGUCUAGCUAAAGCCAUAAGACUAAGAGAUGAAGAAAACCAAGAAAUCUCAUACGAAGUUGGUACCAAGUUGGAUGCAGUUCCUGUAGUCAACCCUGCAACUCCAGGCACAGCUAAUCCAUAUCCUACAUUAAACCCAACAACUCCUCAAGCAUCUGGCACAAUAGGACAAACCCCAUCAACUCCUACAACCCCAUACAUGACCCCCAUAAACCCAUACACAAACCCCACAACCCCAAAAACAAGCCCUACCACAAACCCAACAACUCCAAUUAUGAGUCCACUCAGCCCUACUACAACAACAAGUCCCACAACCCCAACCACUCCUGCUACUGCAUCAGCAGGUGGUCAAUGGUGUGUUGCGAUCCAAUCAGCUGCAGAGAGCACUCUGAAGGUGGCUCUUGACUAUGCUUGUGGCUAUGGGGCAGACUGUUCAGCAAUUCAACCUGGAGCGAAUUGUUACAACCCAAAUACUCUGAAAGACCAUGCUUCUUUUGCAUUCAAUGACUACUACCAGAAGAAUCCAGCUCCUACAAGCUGUGCAUUCGGAGGAACCGCUACACUUACAAACAAGGAUCCCAGUAAGACAUUUCAUCAAACAUUAAAGCCUCACGUUGCAAAAUCCUACUAUGUCGUGUCUGUUAACAAUAACAUGCACUUCUCCGCAUCAUUUCAGGUAAUGGGAACUGCCGCUAUACAUCGUCCAAAACUCCAAGGUGGGAAUUUCUUAACUUCUUAA